CUGCUCUCAAGUCCUUGAUUUCUCUCUCUCUCUCUCAAAAAAAAAAAAGAAAAAAGAAAACUCCUAAAACCAAUAAAAAGUGUCAUUUUCUAGCUUUCUAACUCAACUGAGCAGCUCCAGUAAUCAGACGAAAGGGACACUUGCGGGGGCUGAGUUAGAGUUGGGGAAAGCUUUGAAAUUUGGAGAUCUGGUGAAGAAGAUAUCUAGGGUUUAGCUUGGGGGAGUUUGGAUUUUUUUUAAAUGUGAACAGAAGCUAGGAGCAAGAAGCAUGAUCUGAGCUUCAUGAGGCCCUGCUGAGUAAGGGUAGUUAGCUUUUUUGGAUGUUGAUUUUAACUUAAGUUGAGAAGCUUCUGGUGGAGAAAGGGGGGGUGGGGGGUGGGUUUUUCUCUUCUUUUUCUUUUAGCUAUGGCUUUUGUAGGAAACCUGAAUGUGCUUCUAUAAGAGGGGUACUUGUAAUUGCUAUUUCAACCACUACUUCUUUUUUUUGUUUGGUUUUCUAUUGAGAAAAAAUACCCUCUUUUUUUUUUUUGAGAUUUGAAGAAUGAGACUCUCUUCAUCAGGGUUUAAUCAGCAAACUCAGGAAGAUUUUUGUACAGGGGAGAAGAAAUGUUUGAAUUCUGAACUUUGGCAUGCAUGUGCGGGUCCUCUGGUGUCCCUGCCGCCUGUUGGAAGCCGGGUUGUUUACUUUCCCCAAGGUCACAGUGAACAGGUUGCUGCUUCGACCAACAAGGAAGUAGAUGCUCACAUACCAAACUAUCCGAGCUUACCCCCACAGCUUCUCUGUCAGCUUCACAAUGUUACUAUGCAUGCAGAUGUAGAAACAGAUGAAGUGUAUGCUCAAAUGACCUUGCAGCCACUGAGUCCGCAAGAGCAAAAGGACGUGUACCUACUGCCUGCAGAACUGGGUAAUCCCAGCAAACAGCCAACCAACUAUUUUUGUAAAACACUGACAGCAAGUGACACAAGCACUCAUGGAGGAUUUUCUGUUCCUCGCCGCGCCGCUGAAAAAGUCUUUCCUCCUCUUGAUUUCUCCCAGCAGCCUCCAGCUCAAGAGUUGAUUGCGAGGGAUCUUCAUGACAAUGAGUGGAAAUUUAGACAUAUCUUUCGAGGCCAGCCAAAGAGGCAUCUUCUUACAACUGGAUGGAGUGUUUUUGUUAGCGCAAAGAGACUUGUUGCUGGUGAUUCAGUCCUUUUUAUUUGGAAUGAAAAGAAUCAAUUGUUGUUGGGUAUCCGGAGAGCAAGUCGCCCUCAGACUGUUAUGCCAUCUUCUGUUUUAUCAAGUGAUAGCAUGCACAUUGGUCUUCUUGCUGCAGCAGCUCAUGCGGCUGCAACAAAUAGCCGUUUUACUAUAUUUUAUAACCCAAGGGCUAGUCCUUCAGAGUUUGUCAUUCCUCUUGCCAAAUAUGUUAAAGCUGUCUACCACACUCGGGUUUCUGUUGGCAUGCGGUUUCGAAUGCUGUUUGAGACAGAAGAGUCAAGUGUCCGCCGAUAUAUGGGUACAAUAACUGGCAUUAGUGACUUAGAUCCUGUUCGCUGGCCAAAUUCACAUUGGCGCUCUGUUAAGGUUGGCUGGGAUGAAUCCACUGCAGGGGAGAGGCAGCCAAGAGUGUCCUUGUGGGAAAUUGAACCAUUAACAACCUUCCCUAUGUAUCCAUCAGCCUUCCCCUUGCGACUGAAGCGACCAUGGCCAUCUGCACUACCCUCCUUCCAUGCUUUCAAAGAUGGUGAUAUGAGCAUCAAUUCCCAAUUGAUGUGGCUCCAAGGUGGGGUUGGAGAUCAAGGAAUUCAGUCUUUAAACUUCCAAGGAUUUGGAGUUGCACCCUGGAUACAGCCAAGGCAUGAUACUUCUUCACUACCGGGUGUACAACCUUAUCUUUACCAAGCAAUGGGAGCUGCAGCAUUUCAGGACAUGAGGACAGUUGAUUCAUCCAAAAUAGGUUCUCAGUCUCUCUUGCAAUUCCAGCAACCCCAGAACACAUCCAAUGGGACUCCUGCUCUUAUUCAGAGGCAGAUGUUACAGCAGUCACAAACACAAAAUGCCUUCCUUCAGAGUUUCCAGGAGAAUCAGACCGCUGCACAAGUUCAGCUUCUGCAGCAGCUGCAGCGUCCCCAUUUGUACAAUGAUCAGCGACAACAGCAACAGCAGCAGCAUCAGCAUCAGCCGCAACAUCACCAACAGCAACAGUCUCAACAAACACAGCAACUGCCGCAGUUGUCUGUUCCACAGCAGAUUUCUAAUGUGGUAUCUGCUUUUCCUUCUACAUCAGCCAGCCAGGCCCAGUCCUCAUCUUUGCCAGUUGUUGCUUCACAAUGCCAGCAGCAGACGUUUCCGGACUCCAUUGGCAAUUCUAUAGCCACAUCUGAUGUUUCUUCUAUGCAAAGCAUCUUAGGUUCAUUAUCCCAGAAUGGAGCUUCCCAUUUACUCAAUUUGAAUGGUUCAAACCCUGUUAUCUCUUCUUCUACUUUGUUGUCCAAGCCAGUAGCUGUUGAACCGCAGCUUUCAUCUGGAGCAGCUAACUGUGUACUGCCCCAGGUUGAACAGUUGGGAACUGCACGGUCAAAUGUAUCUGAACUUUCUAACUUAUUACCUCCGUUUCCUGGAAGGGAGUAUUCUGCUUACCAUGGUUCAACUGAUCCACAAAACAAUCUUCUGUUUGGGGUUAGCAUUGAUUCCUCAUCUCUUAUGCUGCAGCAUGGGAUGACAAACCUGAAAAAUAUUGGGAAUGAAAAUGAUUCAUUGUCUCUGCCAUAUGCUGCUUCAAAUUUCACUAGUGCUUCGGGCACAGAUUUUCCACUUAAUUCAGACAUGACUACCUCAAGUUGUGUGGAUGAAUCAGGUUACUUGCAGUCUUCUGAAAAUGUGGACCAAGUAAACCCUACAACCGGAACCUUUGUGAAGGUUCACAAGUCGGGGUCUUUUGGGCGCUCAUUGGAUAUUUCCAAGUUCAGCAGCUAUGAUGAGCUGCGCUGUGAGCUCGCUCGAAUGUUUGGCCUUGAAGGCCAAUUAGAGGACCCUCAGAGAUCAGGCUGGCAGCUUGUAUUUGUUGACAGGGAGAAUGAUAUUCUUCUCCUUGGUGAUGACCCUUGGCAGGAAUUUGUGAACAAUGUAUGGUAUAUCAAGAUACUAUCUCCACAUGAAGUGCAACAAAUGGGGAAAGAAGGCCUGACUCCUGCCACUUCUGUCCCAAGCCAAAGGCUUACCCAUAGCAGCAACCACUGUGAUGACUACAUGAGCAGACAGGACUUGAGGAGUUCUGGUAAUGGACUUGCCUCUAUGGGGUCUCUUGAAUACUAAAGGAAAAUGCUCCUGAAGUUGGGGAAUUGAAAUGGAAGUUGCACUGAUGAAUGUUGUAGCUGUUUUAUGGCACUGUUUAUGUACGCAUGGAUUGUUAGAAUUCUUUGGAACUUUUACCUUUUUUUUUUUUUGUUUGUGGUAAUUGAAAUGUAUCGCCUGGUUAAGUUGAUAUUAAAGCUUGUGUGUCGGAAUACUGCUGUAAAUUAUAAUAGGAAAUAUUUCUAACUCUUACGUUAUAGUCCUUUAGAGCACAAGGAUCUAUUAGGAUAAUCCCAUUACGUUAUCAGCAAUUUGUUGGCUGCCCUGUAAUUUAUAUCAUCUACUGUUUUUAAAACGUUAGUUCAUAAAUGAACGACUUAUCUGAACGUAGACUUAUCUA